UUUCUCUAUAAAAAGGCAAGGCUGCUGAGUCAAAAGCCUCACAGACGCCGUGGGUGCAGUCUGUGACAGACACCUCUGCAACACCUCUCUCAAAGUCUCCAGGAAGAGCACAACAUGAAGCUUGCUCUCCAAGCUGCGCUGUUCACUGGACUUCUGGCAUUGUGUUUUGCAACUUCCGGGGUAAGAUGGUGUACAACAUCAACGGCUGAGCAGAACAAGUGUCAAAGACUGCAGGAAUGCUUAAGUGCCUCCCAGCAACCUGCAUCUUUCCCACAAUUCAGCUGUGUGAAGAAGAGCAGUCCCCAUGACUGCAUCAGUGCCAUUGCAGCCUCUGAGGCAGAUGCUGUCAGCCUGGACGGUGGUCUCAUAUAUGAUGCAGGCUUGGCCCCGCAUAACUUGAAGCCAAUUGUAGCUGAAGUUUAUGGCACAAGUACAGGAGGAGAAUCUGUUACCAGUUACUAUGCUGUGGCCGUUGUGAAGAAAAAUACCGUUCAGUCACUUGCUGAACUCCGAGGGAAGAAAUCUUGCCACACUGGCUUGGGCAGAUCUGCAGGCUGGGUUAUGCCAGUGGGGCGUUUGUUGAGUCUUGGUCUUAUAGAAUGGGCUGGAGCAGAAACAGAACCUAUAGAGAAAGCUGUAGCCAAGUUUUUCUCAGCUUCUUGUGUCCCAGGUUGCAAAAAUGAGGCAAAUCUGUGCCGCAUUUGUGCUGGAAAAGGUGAUGAAAAAUGCAGCCGGAACGACCCCUACGCUGGAUAUUCAGGGGCUUUUCAAUGUCUGAAAGAUGGAGCUGGAGAUGUAGCCUUUGUGAAAGAUGCAACUGUACUAGCUCUCAGUGCAGAAGAAAGGAACCAGUAUGAGCUGCUCUGUGAUGAUGGCAGUAGGAAGCCUAUUGAGAAGUAUAAAGAAUGUUCUCUGGCUAGAGUCCCUGCUCAUGCUGUGGUAGCACGAAGUACUGACAGUCGGGCAGAUGAGAUCUGGACGGUCCUCUCCAAAGCAAUGGAGCUGGCUUCCAAUAACCCACAAUCUGGAUGCAAACUUUUUGGUUCUCCUGAAGGUUCUGCCAAAGACCUUCUAUUCAAGGAUUCUGCUGUCAAUCUUCUUCGUGUACCUGAGUUAAUGGAUUCUCAACUCUACCUGGGCUCCCAGUACUGUGGUGCUAUUCGGGCUAUCAGAAAAGACAGACCUUCCCCCGAUACAGAAGGGAGGAUCAGGUGGUGCGCAGUGGGCAAAGCUGAACAAACAAAGUGCGACUCAUGGAGUGGAGUGAGCGGAGGCUCCAUAGAGUGCGCUGUGGCAGAAACACCUGACGACUGCAUCAUCAAGAUCUUAAAAGAUGAGGCUGAUGCCAUAAGCUUGGAUGGAGGGUUUGUCUACACUGCAGGAGUGUGCGGUUUAGUGCCAGUGAUGGCUGAAGUUUACUCUGACCCUGCCGCAUGUGCUCAUCCAGAAAGAGAGACAACAGUAAAGGGCUACACUGCUGUCGCUGUUGUCAAGAAAGCUGAUACUGGAUUCAACUGGAAGACAAUGAGAGGAAAGAAGUCCUGCCAUACUGGUGUUGAUAGGACUGCUGGCUGGAACAUCCCCAUGGGCUUGCUUUACCAGGAGAACAUUGGAAACUUCAAUAUUAGUACAUUCUUCAGCGAAGGGUGUGCCCCAGGUUCACCGCCUAGCAGUCCACUCUGCAAGCUGUGCAAGGGCACUGGCACUGGAGGGGCACUCGCUGACAAACACAAGUGCAAAGCUAACAGCAACGAGAUAUACUACGGCUACAAUGGUGCAUUCCGGUGUUUGAUUGAGUCAGGAGACGUAUGCUUUGUUAAACACACCACAGUCGAGGACAACACAGAAGGAGCAAACAAACCUGCUUGGGCAGGGAACUUCAGAGCUACCGAUUUUGAACUUCUGAAAGCUAAUGGCGAUCGCUGUCCAAUUACUGACUAUGUAAGAUGUGGUCUCGCCACAGUUCCCACUCAUGGAGUAGUUGCAGCACCUGGGAAAGCAGAGGCUGUCCGUCGUGUGUUACUUGAGCAACAGAUUUUAUUUGGAAGCAGUGGAACAAGGAAAGGGGAUUUCCAAAUGUUCCAAUCUGAAACCAAAGAUAGCUUGUUCAAAGAUGGCACUCAGUGCUUAGUUAGCACAAAAGAAAAGACCGUCAGUUCUUAUCUUGGCGAGCAAUAUCUGACUGCUAUUGAUGGAUUCAAGAAAUUCUCACCUUCAGAACUCCUUAAGGUCUGCAACUUCCACCAUCAUGAUGUCUAAUAGGGUGAAAAACAGUUCCUUGUACUGAAUGAGUAGCAUUGGAAGCACCAUUCUUUCUUGCCUGAACUUGGAUACCUGUCCAACUGUUUCUUUUCUCCUUAACAUCACAACCAAGUGUGUUCAAGCUUCUCUUUGUAUGGCUUUUUAACUCCUUGGUGUCACUAGUGCAA